UCUCCCAUGCACACUUAAUCAAACAUCUUAUCCAAAACACAAGAAAUCUAAAGAGUGAAACCAUUGCCAAGUCUCUCAUGGAGUACUUGGCUACUACAUUCCUCUUUUUUGCCUUUCUCAUUACUAACACUCAAGGUGUUAAACCAUCAUUAUGCUCUUCUUCUAAACCCGAUACGUCUGAUCUCUCUAUCUUCCACAUUUAUGGUGGUUGUUCGCCUUUUAAGGACCAAAAACCCAAUUUAUGGCCCAACACGGUCCUUGACAUGGCCGCGAAAGACCCUAAGAGGGUUGCAUUUUUAGAUAGUCUAGCAGCCCAAAAGACUUCUGCCCCUAUAGCUUCGGGCCAACAAGUCCUUAAUAUAGGUAAUUACUUGGUCCGAACCAAGAUUGGGACUCCAGGCCAACUCAUGUUCAUGGUCUUGGACACAAGUUUGGAUGCUGCAUGGGUCCCUUGCUCGGGUUGUGUAGGGUGCUCCUCUAAUAUAUUCUCCCCCAACUCUUCCUCCACCUUCGGAUCCAUGGGUUGUGCUUCGGCUCAAUGUGGCCAAGUCCGCGGGCCUAUUUCAUGCCCUUCAACCGGGUCCGGGGUAUGUCAAUUUAACCAAUCCUAUGGUGGAGAUUCAUCACUUUUAGCUACCCUCUCACAUGACUCUUUAUCAUUAGACAAAGAUGUCAUCACUAACUAUGCUUUUGGAUGCAUCAAUGCUAUCUCAGGCAACUCAAUCCCACCACAAGGCUUAUUGGGCUUGGGCCGUGGGCCCUUAUCACUAAUUUCCCAAUCCAAAUCCCUUUACAAUGGAGUAUUCUCCUAUUGCCUCCCAAGCUUCAAGUCCUACUAUUUCUCCGGGUCACUCAAGCUCGGCCCAACGGGCCAACCUCGAACAAUCAAAACCACCCCAUUCCUCCAAAACCCACACCGUCCCUCACUCUAUUAUGUAAACCUAAUCGCGGUCAGUGUGGGCCGGGUCCAAGUACCCAUCCCCAAACAAUACUUCACAUUCGACCCAAACACCGGUGUUGGGACCAUCAUUGACUCCGGUACCCUCCUAACCCGGUUCGUAGCACCCGCUUACAAUGCAAUCCGGGAUGAGUACAAAAAACAAGUCCAAGGACCAUAUAGCUCACUCGGGGCGUUCGAUACAUGUUUCCCCGUGACCCACGAGCAAGUGGCCCCAACCGUAACCCUACAUUUUGAAGGGAUGGACUUAAAAUUACCAAUGGAGAACACAUUGAUCCAUAGUAGUGCAGGCAACCUAGCUUGCCUAGCAAUGGCUGCAAAUAGCGCAAAUUCUGUGAUCAAUAUAAUAGCAACUUGGCAACAACAAAACCUUAGAAUUCUCUAUGAUACCGCCAAUUCUCGCCUAGGAAUUGCUCGUGAACUCUGUAACUAAAAUUACAAUUAGUUACUCGUAGUAAAAGAAAUAUACUACUAUAAGAUUGUUGCACCACGUUAAGUGGUACCACACUACAACUAAUGUAGUGAUAUUACUCCCAAAAAAGGGUGUAAAAUUAGGAAUCUCCAUUAUUUUUUUUUGUUUUCUUUUCAUUUUAGGUAAAAUCAAGUGUUGUGCAUUGAAGAUGGAAGAAUUCUAUCUUUUGUAUU